AUGAAAUACCUCAUCAUCCUACCCUUUAUCGGGCUAAGUAAUGCUAAAGAUGCAGACGUCGAAUCGAAGCCCGUCUGGUCCAGCCAUGAACCCAUCCAUCUUGCAAGAUACAGUCUCCUCUCGUUCAGCUGCACAGCAUUCGCCUACCUACUAUGGCAGCUCUUUUUCCGCUACGACAACCAUCUCCGACAACUUUCAACAUUCGGCCAUGAUAAUCAACGGUACUUCGUAGGACCAUCCAAUGAUGUCCUUUCCUGGUUAAAGGAACAUCUCAUAUAUGCCCCGCUCUUCAAGGUACGGCAUAAUCGCGAGUUCCGGCUUUGGAACAAUAUCCACAUGGGAACUGUACCGAGUCGGUUCCAUAGUUUGUUGAUCUUCGGGAUGGUCUCUUUGAAUAUCGUUCUUUGUUUGGUGAAUGUUCCGUAUCAGAAUAGGGAUUCUGCGGCAAAGGCUAUUCGGAAAAAUACGGGGACGGUGGCUACUGCUAACUUAAUUCCUCUUGUUCUGAUGGCUGGCCGGAAUAACCCGCUUAUUAGGGGGUUGCAUGUCCCUUUUGAUACGUGGAUGUUGUUGCAUAGGUGGCUGGGGCGGAUUGUGGUGCUAGAAUCUCUGGUGCAUACUAUGACCUGGGGCAUUUCUUAUGCUGAAGCGGAAAGUUGGAGGACUGUUUUUGCGGCGCUUGUUAGAGGUAGUUUUCUUCGGGACGGUUUUGUUGCAACUUGUAUUUUGACAGUCAUUCUUUUGCACUCGCCAUCGCCGAUUCGGCAUGCCUUUUAUGAAACUUUCCUUCAUCUUCAUUUCGUCCUUGCAGCCCUUACUAUGGCUUUUCUUUGGGUACACUUGGAUGGCAUGCAUUCCCAGAACUAUUUGCUCACCGCAAUGAUUCUCUGGGUCUUAGAGCGUGUUGUCCGCAUCGUCGUCCUUAUAUACCGGAACUACGGUCCCAACUCCACCACAGCGAAUGUGGAGGUCCUCCAUGGUGAUGCAAUGCGCAUUACCCUUCGACUAGCACGACCAUGGACCUUCCAACCGGGCCAACAUUUGUAUCUCUACAUCCCAGCAGUAGGGUGGUGGACAUCCCACCCAUUCUCCAUCGCCUGGAGCGAAGACACACAUUCGGACGAGUGCAUACCUUCAUCUGAAGACGAUCUUCUUGGAAAUCGAAAAAGCACUAUCUCCUUGAUAGUCCAACGUCGUGCCGGGCUGACAGAUCAGCUUUUUCGAAAAGCCUCAAAGGGAUCCAUGACAUACUGUGCCUUGACGGAAGGGCCAUAUGGUAACAUCCAUUCACUAGACUCGUACGGAACAGUCCUCCUAUUUGCAGGCGGACUGGGAAUUGCACACCAGAUUUCUUUCGUUCGUCACCUUGUGUCAGGAUUUGCUGAAGGCACAGUGGCCACGCGCAAAAUAUUUCUCGUUUGGGUUGUUCGGUCUUCGGCGCAUCUGCAAUGGGUUCGGUCCUGGAUAACAAGUAUCCUGGCUAUGGAUCGGCAGCGGGAUAUAGUUCGCAUCAUGGUGUUUGUAACUCAGCCGCAGAGUACGAAAGAGAUUCAGGAGUGUUUGAUGACUGUACCGAUUUUUCCCGGUCGGCCUAAUAUUGAAACGCUUGUUGAUAUGGAGAUUGGGAAUCAGAUCGGUGCUAUGGGUGUUAUGGUGUGCGGGAGUGGGAGUUUGAGUGAUGAUGUUCGACAUGUCUGUCGGAGGAGGCAGUCUACAUCGAAUGUGGAUUUUAUUGAAGAAAGCUUCUCGUGGUAG